AUGCCUCCAAAAGGCACAAAACGCACGCGCGCAACGGUCGAAAGCAGUGCAGAUGAAGCCCUCACAACCCAAGCCGGCCGUACUGUUAGGAAGCUGCGUAGCAGAGGACCCGAUCAAUCUUCGACAAUACCCUCCCUCUCUCCUGCUCCCUCUCUGAGCACGCCGGCGGCUCCCGCGAAAACCACCGCACGGCGCCGGCUCCCUAGUGCCCGCCGCAACGCCCGCUCCAUGAGCUCUGUUGUCCGAGACUCGGCCACAGAGCCCGGCGACGAUGACGAUGACAAUGACGAAGAAAGGGAGGUAGAAGAAAGAGACCGCACGGCUUCGGCAACGCACCGUAUCGUACUGGUCAACAAGAAAAAGGAGGGGAAUAAGAAGCUCCGGCUGGUGCUCAACAACCGCUCUGUGAAUUCCGCAUCGGGAACUCCGAGCCGCUCGCAGGCCCGGCGAGCGGCUUCCACAGAGACUACUCGUGACCGCCCGGCAGUAGGCGACGUGCUCAGUGACGACGAUGCCGCUGCGGAAACGCCGCGGGCCAGCGGCUCGCAGGCACGGCCCAAGUCAAGCGAAACAGCCAGGCGUAGGAAGAAGGCUGCCUCGGUCAUCACGCUCCGAAGCAACAAAGUGUUGCAUGCGAACACGGCAUACUCGAAGAAACCGGGCAGCCAGGACGUCAACUUGACCGUCUCGAACGGCGAGGAAGUUAUCACGGCAUUCCUAGAGCGGUAUGCGGUUGGCACCACCUUCUUUCUCGACCUUUUACACAUCUUCAAGCUCGCCGUCUAUCCGAAAGCCGGCACCGCACCGCCUACGAACGCAUUUGCUUAG